AUGUCAUAUUUCUAUAACAGAUAAUAAGAUUAAACAUUACCAUUGCCACAUGGUUAUCAAUACAAUCAAAACUCUGAAAUUUAAGCAAAAUAAACUAAUCAUUAAUAUUUUUUAACUUAAGCUGCUAAUUAAUCACCUAAAGAUAAUGAUAUUAAAAUUGAAAUAAUUCCAAAAGUUAUUUAAAAUGAUCAUUUAACUCCUUAAAGAAAUAGAAUCUUUGAAGAAUUACCUGAAAUUAAAGUAAGAAAAGAAUUAAGUUAAACAAGAUAUAAAUCUACACCUGGUAAAAGACAUAGAAUAUUUGAAUAAGAUAACAGUGUAGAUUUAACUCAUUAAAAAAUUGAAUAAAAAUAAAUAACAAAAGUAUCAAAUAACAAUCAUAAUAUUAAAUCAUUACUUUUAUAAGAAAUAGAAACUAUUAAAUAAAAAUCUUAGCUCUAUUCUGGAACAUAUUCAUAAUUGUUAUAAAAAGUAACAAUCAAUUUUUAAUUAGUUAAUUUAAAUUGUCGAAAAUAAAUAAGAUGAUUUAAACUUAUUAUUAGAUCCAGAGUUUAAUAAUAUCAUAUUUAAAAUACGUACAUUGCAAGGUCUUGAUUUUAGUGAUAAAAUCUAAAUUGAAAAAAUCAUUAAAUAAAUUGUUAAUUAAGAUGAUAAACUAUUAUUCUAAGGGUUAGUUAAAGAAUUGAUCUAAAAUGAAUGGAUGUAUUGGAUAGAACCCUUGUAUUAUGAUGUAUAAAAAUAAUAAAUACCUAAAGAAAAAUGGAAAUCAUUCAUUGAAAAACAAAAGUCAAUCUAUAAAGUAUGAUCAUUUUUCUAUUAAGUUUUAUAUAUUCAAUAUUACCUUCUGUCUUCAACAAUUCUUUAAAAUAAUUAUUAAUGUUUAAUUCUUAUUAAUAUGAAAAAUAACUUGCCUUAUCUAAAGAGAUAGAUAAGAUUAAGAAAGGUUAUAUGAGAGAAAGAGAAGUUCGUAAAGGUAUAUAUAUGAUUCAAUUAAUAAAGAAUUAAAUAAUAGAUUGGCAUAAAAUUAUAAGAAAAGAGUAGAAAAUUUUGUAAUCAAUAUGCUUGAAAAUCCAAUUGUUUGUGCUGAAUAUAAAUAACCAAAUACUUAAGCAUUUAGAGAGGAAGAUCCUAGUAAAAAUUUGGGUGAUCCACAAUUUUAUGUUAAGGGUUUCAAACAUGAGAAAGAUCGUAUCCAAGAAUCUUUAGAUAGAAAUAAAGAUCUUGAUUUUCUACCAAAUCGACAAGUUGCUCAUUAUUGUUUUCGUGAAAGAGAUUCUUCCAAAGAUAUUAAACGUGAUGUGUUUCGAUAUAGAGAUAAAACUAGUUUAGAAAGAAUUGAAUAAUUUUUGAAGGAUCACACAUAAACUUAGGUUGAAAAUCAAAAAUUUAGCAAAAAAAAACCAUUUAAUUUAGAAAAUCUCUCUGAAAAUAUGAGUUCACUUGAUAGGAAAGCAUAUAUAAGUAGAUUGAUUGCCAAAAAUUUACUACCUAGUUUACAUCAAAAAACACAUUUUUAAGCCACUGCUACUAUGUUUAAUAAUUUGCCAUGUAUACUCCUUGUGUUAAUUUCUAGUAUCACUUAUGGAUCAUGCUAGAUCAGCUCCAUUAUUAAAAUAAAUAGAACCAGAAGAAAAAAGUAUAUAUUAUUUAUCAAUCAUUUUAGAAUCUCAACAAUAACAAAGGGAUAAUUAGAAGACUGAAGAAAUAGAAUAGAAAGAUAAUAAAGUUAAGUAAGGUAAUGAAAUGGAAACUUUUAAUCCUGUUGAAACUUCUAAAUCUGUAUUAGAAAAAUGUAAUGUCAUUCGAAACAAAAAUCCAAAAAUUAGUACAAUCCAUAAAGGAUAAGGACAUUUAAUCUCUACCUUAGAUAAAUCAAUUUAAGAAAUUUAUAAGGAUAUUUAUGGAAUAGAUUUAAGUCAAGGAAAGUUUUUUAAAAAAUGA